GCUUCCCCUCCCGCCCCUUCGCUGCACUUGGCAUGGUCUUCCGCCUUUUCACAUCUUCUCCACACAAGAUACAGAUAUGGCUGGUUCGGUGUCGAGAAUGCCAUCGUCUCUUCUAAAUAGGUAGGUGGGAAGGAAGGUAGGAAGGAAGGUAGGAAGAAAGGCAGAAGAGAGAUAGGAAGAAAGGCUGGUCCCACCAGCCAAUCAGUCAAUCAAUUAAUCAUGAGACUCUUUAAACUUUCCACAAUUUCCAAACUCCGCCAGUCCGUCUGUCUACCGUCUAUCCUAUCCUAUCCUAUCCUAUCCCAUCCCCACUGCCACGGCCACUCCUCGAUUACGUCAACUACAAGUGGGAUUGACUUUGCUGGCACGCACUGGCAGCAUGAACAACGAGCUAUCGAAGCUGUGCACUUCCCAAUGGUGCUGGCUUACGGCGCAACACACCAAUUGCCAAAAUGAAUUCAAGCCCUAGACUAGAAGAAGUUCCAUAUUCACAAAUCAUAAUAUCAAGCAACUCCCCCAAACAGGAAAUAUCCUGGUAAAUGGUUAAAAAAAUUGUUGGAGGCUCCAUAAGGCUUAUCGUACCGCAUCCGGAAACAGCGGAAAACGUCUUCAGCUGUCUCUUCCUUUUCUUUCCUGCCACUUCUCGCAAUUUAUAUUUCAGAUGAUAGUAAGGAUGGAUCAAGAAUAAUUGAUGUAAACAGGUCAACACGUUAUAAAGCAGGAAACACUCGGGAACAACAAAGACGAACCCGGACAAUGGCUUCAAACCCCUCCCCUCAGAAUGGCAACGAUCCAUUACAUGCGUCAACGUCGACUACCAUUGCGGCAGAUCCAAACGAAUUCAGCGAUGAUUUUUCGGAUGAGAUGGAAACCAUGGCAGUUCCUCAUAUAACAGAUGAGGACGCACAAUCGAUCAUUGGAGUUUCACUCAGUCAUGCAGCUUCACGUUUGAAGUCUUCGAGAACACCUGCUGCAGAGAAGGCUGCCGCCAUGGAUACUUUGGAAGGAGGUUAUUUUGACAGCGACCCCGAGACCCCGCUAGCAUUAGAGCCGAAUACACAUGGGCCGUUCGAUGAAGAGUUGCCAACAACUACAAAGGGGGAAGGAUUGACAUUGGAGACAUUGCCAUCAUCGAACCUUUCACAAAAUCCCCCUCCUCCUCCUCUGCCAUCUCCUCCUUCGCCAUGGCGGGCAGGACCGAAGCCAAUCGUGGUUACGGAACCACCAAAUGAUGGUCGCACAUCAGCAAUGGCUAGUGUAUUCAAUACUGGGAGGAAACGCCAGAGUUCAUUAUCUAGUAGUGCUGAUGCGCUCAAAAAACUGCUGCCGAAGGGGUUGCCUUCAAUGGCUCAAGUAGGAAACUUAUUUAGUACUUCAACAAGUUCGAAUCAUAAGUCUCGGUCAUCUAUUAGUUCGCCAAGAAGCGCCACGUUCUCCCCCUUUUCUACCUCGCCUAGUCAAUCAAAAGGCGAGGGGUCAUCUACGAAUAACAAUCGGGUAAAGGGACACCUCACAACUCAAUACCAACAAUCAAAACGUCGCAGUCAUUCACAACUUCAGAACGCAAGUACAGCGACCGACAGUAACACAGCAGAACGGCCAUUGGUUCUUCGCAGAGCAACAUCUGAUGAUUCACUACUGUAUCAUAGCUUAUCUCGAAGUUCCUCACUAGGUGAUGAUACACGAUUCGAAAAUCACCACGAACAAGUCAAUUCUCGAGUCAAAGCUAUUAGAGACUCUUUUCAAGAUCGAUCGACUUUUCGAAUGCCACAACUUCCUAGUAUGCCAAGUAUGCCCCGCGUACCCAGUUUUGGCUUUAGCAUGAACUUUUUGAAUUCCAACCCAGCGUCGUACAGAUCAAAGUCAAUUACUGAUGCAUCUUCAGACGUAUUACCAGCAGUUAUAAAAAAGAAACCACUUGAAUCAAGUCCCUCCUUUUCGAAAUCCGAUUCGUUUUUUGGUGGUGAGAAUACUCGAUCGUCGACGAAACCUACAAGUACUUUAGAUAAAGCUAUGGAAAAUUUGACGGGUGAUGUUGUAAUUAUGGGUGGGUAUCGAGGAUCAGUACUCCGGUCUGCCAAAGCACCAAAUCAUCAACUUUGGGUCCCUGUCAAGGUAGGACUCAAUCUCCGUAAAGUGGACCUGGAAGUUGGUUUGGAUCCAGAGGACGAGGAAAGAAUGGAAGAAAAUAUAAUCCCAUCUGGGAUGCUUAAAAAUAUUGGACCAGUGGAUAUAUCCAGGCGGUUAUUUAAACGACUUCGCAAUUGCGAGAAUGCACAAAAUGGGAAACUCAGAGUAUGGGAUUAUGGUUAUGAUUGGAGGUUAAGCCCGCAUCUUUUAAGUAGAAAGCUGAAAGCCUUCUUGGAGACAUUACCUUCCAAUCAACCAGGUCCUAAUGGAGAAAAGCCCACUGGCGCUCUGGUGAUAGCUCAUUCAUUGGGAGGUUUGAUCACGAGACAUGUUGUGAAUCAAAAGCCUGAGUUGUUUAGUGGAGUUAUAUAUGCUGGUGUUCCACAAUCAUGUAUAAACAUUCUUGGUCCCUUUAGAAAUGGAGAUGCUGUUCUAUUGAGUUCAAGAGUAUUAACCGCUCAAGUCAAUUUUACACUACGGACUAGUUUUGUACUCCUUCCUGAAAAUGGGGAGUGUUUCUUUGAUCUCCAUACAAGAGAAAGAUAUCCCGUCGACUUUUUCAAUUUGGAUGAUUGGAUCAAGUAUCGCUGGUCACCUGUUACAGAUCCACCACUACCACCAAUCUCUCAAUCUGGUAGCGGGCUUGGCAGUAUUCUCAAUCUCCAACUACCAAACAGUCUAUCAAAUCUAACAAUUACUGGAAAGAAAACUGGCUCGGGUUCAAACUCGGGCUCGGGUUCCGGUACAAACACCCCUCAACCCUCUUCACCAUACCUCGGAUCUAAUUCUCGCAACGAAAAUGAUGAUCGAAAUCAAUCCAUCGACCAAUCCAAAACCAGCCGAGCAGCCGAAGCUCUCCGUGGAGUAGAUGGUACAGAUCGUACUCUCGCACCUCAAAUGGGUAACUCCCUUGGUAAACCCUACAACCCUACUCCCUCGGUCUCUACUCUCGUCACUCUUCCCCGCGACAAAGCAAUUGCCUAUUUACGACGCACGCUUGCCGAAACACUUCAAUUCAAGAAAGAACUUCAUCACAGACCCGAAAUCUCGGAAGCAAAUCGUUACCCUCCGUUGGCUGUCAUUUAUGGAAAGUCGAUACCAACGGUCUAUGGAGCGAAGGUCGCAGGUAAAGAAGGGAUUCCGUGCGCAGAUGUUUAUGACAAUCUAGCGUUUGCAAGUGGGGAUGGAGUUUGUCUAGCGAAAGAGGCAAUGUUGCCGGAAGGAUAUCAAUUAGUUAAGGGAGGGAAGGUUAGGAGUGAUAGAGGGCAUGUCACUUUGUUAGGAGAUUUGAAUGCGGUAGGAAGAGCAAUGGAAGUGAUUAGAAAAGGCAGAGGGAAAGGAAUUGGAUUAGGGGUUUCACAGGACUAACGAUUUGGAAAUUGGUACCAAAUGCUUUGUCUUUUUAGCAAGAUGGCACGGGGAACGAAGGUGGGUGUUUCAUGAGAAGAUGGCGUUGGCAUAUAUAUUUCGUUUUCGAUCUCACGUUUACAUUGCAUAAGCAUAGGCACAGGAGCGGGCGGCAUGGUUGUUGUAUACUCAUUGUUUAUUUGGGUUACAGCUGUCAGUUGGUGUUAUAUUUUGUUCUGUUUUGUUUGAUGGAUAGGUGUAUAGCGUGGAGAAGGGAGUUUGGGUAUUGGGCUUCUACUAAAAAUGAUAGGAGAGUUGGAUUGGGAUAUUUGAUUUCACUCUGGGGGAAAAAAACGAAAAUUGGUGAAGUGGUGAAGUGGUGAAAAAAGAGAUUGAUAGAUGUGUCGGCAACGAUACAUAUGAAGUUAUAUGAUAUGAUAUGAAUUAUGAGUAGAUAGCUACAUGGAAUAUCUAUCAUGUUGAAAAACGUGCUAGUUGCAUUAGCUUUGCCUGAGCAUAUACAUUUACCCAUGAGAUACUUGCCUUCAUGCCUUGUCAGAUGCAAUAAUUGUAUCGCAUUGUUCACUUUUUAUAGAAACAUGGUUGUAUAGUAGGUUCUCCAAUGUAUGUGCUUUUGCUAUAUAUAUCCUACGAGAACUCGAUUUGGAAAACUGGAGUAAUUUUAUAGGCGAUAUAAAGUUAAGUGAGAGAGAUGAUCGAUGAUAGAUGAGCGAUGAUAGAUGGAAUCUAAAUGAUUGAGUUAAAUUGGGUUGGGUUGAGUUGAGUUGAGUUGAGGGCA